UAGUCGAAAAAUCGAAAAUAUUGGCAAAAUGACUCAAAUGACUCAAGACGAAAUAAUAAGUAACACAAAAACUGUUCUACAAGGACUGGAAGCACUUCGAGUGGAACAUGCCUCAUUAAUUUCUGGAAUAAGCGAAUCUAAUAAGGAUGAAGAAAAAACUUACAUCAUAAGAAAAAAUAUAGAGAAUAUUGAAUUGGGUCUCAAUGAGGCACAAGUAAUGAUGGCCCUAUCAUGUCAUCUUCAAAACAUUGAAGCUGAAAAGCAAAAACUUAAAACGCAGGUACGAAGAUUGCAUCAGGAAAAUGCAUGGCUACGUGAUGAACUUGCUAAUACACAACAAAAAUUUCAAGCAUCAGAACAAUUGGUCGCCCAACUUGAAGAAGAAAAGAAACAUCUAGAAUUUAUGACAUCUGUAAAAAAAUAUGACGAAAAUCAAGAUCAGGAGGAACAAAAUGAAAAACCUAGACCUGAUCCCGUAAUGGAACUUUUUCCAGAUGAUGAUAAUGAAGAUAGAAACAAUAUAUCUCCAACGCCUCCAAGUCAAUACUCAAAUCAAUCUUCGGGUUAUGAAAUUCCAGCUCGUUUGAGAACUCUACAUAACUUGGUUAUACAAUACGCAUCCCAGGGAAGAUAUGAAGUUGCUGUACCUUUAUGCAAACAAGCACUUGAAGACCUCGAGAAAACAAGCGGACAUGACCAUCCAGACGUGGCAACCAUGCUAAAUAUCCUUGCAUUAGUUUAUCGUGACCAGAAUAAAUACAAGGAAGCUGCCAAUUUGUUAAAUGAUGCGUUGUCAAUUAGAGGAAAAACUCUAGGAGAAAAUCACCCAGCCGUCGCAGCGACCUUAAAUAACCUUGCUGUUCUUUACGGCAAACGUGGCAAGUAUAAAGAUGCUGAACCAUUGUGUAAACGUGCUCUGGAAAUUCGAGAAAAAGUUUUAGGAAAAGAUCACCCAGAUGUUGCAAAACAACUAAAUAAUUUGGCCCUAUUAUGCCAAAAUCAAGGAAAAUAUGAUGAAGUCGAGAAAUAUUACCAGAGAGCCUUAGAGAUAUACGAAUCGAAACUAGGACCAGAUGAUCCAAAUGUUGCAAAAACAAAGAAUAAUUUAGCAAGUUGUUAUUUAAAACAAGGAAAGUAUGCGGAGGCAGAAAUUUUAUAUAAACAGGUAUUAACGCGAGCACAUGAGAAAGAGUUUGGAGCAAUAGAUAGCAAAAAUAAACCAAUUUGGCAGGUUGCCGAAGAACGAGAAGAACAUAAAUACGAUAAUCGAGAAAAUACUCCAUAUGGAGAAUAUGGGGGAUGGCACAAAGCUGCUAAAGUUGAUUCGCCAACAGUUACCACUACAUUGAAAAAUUUGGGUGCAUUAUAUCGCAGACAAGGCAUGUUUGAAGCUGCAGAGACUUUAGAAGACUGCGCAUUACGCAGCAAAAAGGAAGCAUUGGAUAUAGCGAAACAAAAUAAGGUAUUUUAUUACCUACCGAAAACUUUAGAAGCUUCAUAA